AUGUUGCGCGUUGUGGACAUCCUUGUACAUCAGGCAGCAAAUUAUCAUACAUAUCGGAUCUCCAAUGGUGUUCAUGCUGGCUGCCCGCACGAGUGCGUCAAGGUCCAAAUGCGGUUACUCAGCGACGCGACCCUUUCUCAGCCGAUCAAUUUUGCCAACGUGCAGGGGGGAGCGACGCACUGCUCUACCGCGGCGUUGCCUGGGGCCUCCUGCUGGCACCAGGUGCUGUCGGCGGCCGCGGUGCUCCGGGUCGUGGCUGUCCGUGCAGCGCGUGGAAAAGGGAGGCCGCCGCCAGCUCGUUCGCCGACGCAGUGCUCUACCUCGGCACGGCCUGGCGCGUUAUUACCAGCUCUCAGGGCGCGAGCUGAGCACGUCGUUCUGGCGACCUCGUGGGCCGUUCUCGUUUCGGUCGCGUCCUGCAGCACGGGCGGGGCAGAGGCAGAACGAGGGACGGCGGAGAUAUCACGAGACGUGAAAACAUUGUUUAGCUCGCGCCCUGCCAGCUCUACUGCUGCCAGCAGCCAAGCUGCACCGUUUCGCGAUCGCCCAGAGCGCACGUGGAGAGGGGGGCCGCCAUCGGACGCCUGUCCGAGUCGUGGAGUCAUAGUGAUCGUUUCGGCCUGGCUGCGCAGAAUACCACUCCAGGCAGCUUGA